AUGUCAAGCAGCCGACCAGCGGCGCGUGUCUUUUUCGCCGUUGAUGUUGAAGAUCUGCAACCUUCUGAAUUUGUACUCGUUACUGGUUCUACAUCGUCUCUUGGGAAAUGGGACCCUCUCAAAGCAAAAACACUGACUCAGGAUGCCGACCGACCUACUCGUUGGCGUGGCUAUGUGGAUACAACGGACGAUGAAGUCCGUUUUCGCUAUUUCAUUGGCUACUUUCUAUGCGGUGAACAGGGACAGCGUCUGAUCAUAGGUCGAUGGGAAUCCUUUCUACAUCCGCGAACCGUUACGCUGAAAUCGGAUCAGAAAGGAGGCGUGUUUCGUGCGAACCACGUUGACAUCUUCGGUUAUUACGGUCAGUCAGCAGCAGCAGGACGAAAGACUUUGUCGGACGGGUGGUUGCAAUACGAUGACGAAAAUCAGAUUUUGCUUCGGCUCCAUGGUACAGCAUUGAAGUUCUACAAGUCUGCAAAAGACCGAAAGAACUGUACAGUAAGAAUCAAUCCCAUGGACGUCCGGCAUCGAUUGAAAAGUGGUGCCCACAUCAAUUUCAAUUACGGUGUGGAUGAAGAAGAUGAUGAAGACGAUAACGGUUUGCCGCCCUAUCCCAGCCAUUCAGCAAUAUCUGUGGCCGUUCUCUCUGACAAAAAUCCAAAGUUCAGACAGCAACCCGAUGUUGGCAUUAAGUUUAAUAAUAACAUCGACUACGUUGUAUAUAAGACUCACUCAGUUGCUGUUGAAUUUCUGGCGUUUUACGUUGAGAUCUUUUCGGAGGAAGGAAAAAGGAUAGGCGCAUGCUAUGCUUUGCCGUCUUCGCUAUCCGAUUCAUGUGGUCUAUCGCAACUGCCCUUUAUUAACUCCUCGGGAAGGCCUAUAGGUCAAAUUACAGUGGAGUACCUUUUUGUCCGAAAUCUGCGCAAACCAAUUCCUGUGCAGACUAUGGAAGUCUCAUACACUAGGCACUGGAAAAAGAGAAACACAAUAGAAGUUGGUCACCGAGGAGCAGGAAACUCCUUCACGAAGUUUGCUGCAGCUCGUGAAAAUACCAUAUUUUCGUUGAACACGGCUGCAAAAAAUGGAGCCGAUUAUGUGGAGUUCGACGUGCAACUGACGAAGGACAAGGUGGCUGUGAUUUACCAUGAUUUCCAUGUGCUUGUUUCUGUGGCGAAGCGCCACUCCACGGGAACUUUUCCGGAAGUUUUGAAACCUUCUGACAUACACAGCGAAAAGCACAUAGACUAUCAUGAAAUUCCUGUCAAAGACCUGAAGCUCAACCAGCUCAAGCUUCUUAUGUUGGAUCAUAUCAGCUUCCCUCAUCAUAAGGAGAACGUGAAAAAGCUUGUGGAAGAUGUCGAUGAACAAGAAGACUUCAAACCUUUCCCUACUUUGGUAGAAGCCCUGUCAAAAGUGGAUCCAGAUGUGGGGUUCAACGUGGAGGUCAAAUAUCCAAUGAUGCAAUCGAACGGUCAACACGAGUGUGAUCACUACUUUGAGCGGAACGAGUUCAUCGAUGUUGUAUUGGCUGAUCUUUUGAAUAAUGCUGGAAAUAGAAGGAUCAUGUUCUCCAGCUUCGAUCCGGAUAUUUGCUCUCUAAUAUCAAUGAAGCAGAACAAGUAUCCGGUUCUAUUCCUCUGCGUUGGAGAGACACAACGUUACACCAGGUUCCAGGAUCAACGCAGUAGCACCAGUUUGACGGCUGUCAAUUUCGCUGCUGGAGCUGACAUAAUGGGUGUCAACUUUAACUCAGAGGACCUUUUGAACGAUCCAUAUCCAGUCAAACGGGCCAAUGAUUUCGGUCUUAUAACCUUUGUGUGGGGAGAGGAUUUAGACAAAAAGGAGAACAUUAACUAUUUCAAGAAGGAACUAGGUGUUGAUGGCCUUAUAUAUGACAGGAUUGGAGAAGAUGAACGCCGUAGAAAUGUAUUUAUCGUUGAGCGUGAACUCAAACGUGCACUGUUCAAAAUAGGAUCUGGAUAUAACACACCGCAAAGGUAA